GCCGAGAGAUUUCGUCCGAAUUCUUCUUGGCAAAAAAUUAUGUUAUUUGUACAUGAUUAAAAUUAAUACUAUGUAUAUAGUAGAUGUUGAACCUUUUUUGAUUUAUUCAUGUGUUUACUUUUUCAUAUUUGAAACAAGUAAAAAUUCUCCAAAUGCUAAUGGAUAUAUAAACACUAAAUGCAGGCAAAUUUUUCGUUGUGGUGCUACCUGCAGAAACGGAUCUAAUAUCGUAGCACUUAUUCUGAGUGUGGCUGCAUGCACUCAUUGCUUUCAAUUCCAAUUAUAGACACACUUUAUCAAAAAAGAAUUUAAUUAAAAAAAAUGUAUAUGCACACACAUUAACUUUAACAUAAUACCCAAGCCAAUUAUCCCCAUGUUACAUGCCGCUAGAAAACCAGACACCUUUUUCCCAAAUCCUCUUCAUGUUUGUGUAGAUUUGCAGCAGAAAGGAUCAAUUCAGUACAACAAUAAGAAUUUUUUGUUAGUCAUUUAAGACAAACAAUUAUUGCAUUUUACUUUUGACAACAUUUGGAUACAUGGCAUUUGUAAGAAUUGGCUCCAAAUCUGAGGCCUUCCGUCGUGAAGGACAUGCUUGGCAUUGCACAUCAGGCCUUCCCAGUGAUGUUACAAUUGAAAUUGGAGAAAUGUCCUUUUAUCUACACAAGUUCCCAUUGAUAUCAAGAAGUGGACGUCUAGCAACACUAAUUAAAGAAUCAUGCAAUGACGAAGGGUCAGUUAGUGUCCUGCAGCUCAAUGACAUACCUGGUGGUGCUAAAGCAUUUGAGCUAGUAGCCAAAUUUUGUUAUGGUGUCAAAAUAGAACUUUCCCCGUUGAAUAUAGUAAGCCUUAGAUGUGCAUCAGAGUAUCUGGUAAUGACAGAUGAAUAUGGCGAUGAGAAUUUAACUGCACAAACAGAGGGUUUUCUUAAUGAUGUUUUCGGAAAUUGGACAGAUACCAUAAAAGCUCUUGAAACCUGUGAAGAAGUUUUACCACAUGCUGAAGAGCUUCAUAUUGUUUCAAGAUGCAUAAAUUCCUUGGCAAUGAAAGCUUGUACCGAUACAAGGUUGUUUAACUGGCCUGUAUCUGAAAAUGGUCGGGAGGGUACCACAGACGUGGAUGUAUGGAAUGGUAUAUGCACCAGAUCCAAGACACAGCCGAUGACAGAUGAUUGGUGGUAUGAAGACGUGUCGUUCCUUAGCUUACCUCUGUACAAACGGUUGAUUCAGGCAGUUGAAGCCGGAGGAAUGAGACCCGAAAAUGUAGCAGGUGCCCUUGUGUUUUAUGCCAAGAAAUAUAUCCCCUUGAUGAAUAGACAAUCAAGUUUCAAGGAUGCUACUAGCCAUACUAAUAAAUCAGGGUCAACAAUUUCCACUCCAUCAGAGGCCGACCAAAGGGCACUUUUAGAAGAGAUAAUGGAGUUGCUACCAAAUCAGAAAGGAGUAACAGAAACCAGGUUUCUACUCAGGCUGCUCCGUAGCGCUAUGAUGUUACAAGCAAGUCCAUCUUGCAGGGAGAAUUUGGAGAGAAGAGUGGGAUUGCAGUUAGAUCAAGCUGCACUAGAUGACUUGCUAAUACCAAAUAUGGGAUAUUCAGUGGAAACUUUAUAUGACAUAGACUGUUUUCAGAGAAUUCUGGACCAUUUUGUAUCAAUAGAUCAGGCUUCUUCUGCACCUUCUCCAUGUGUUAUGGAAGAAAACCAAUUGAUGGAAGGUUCAAAUUCCUUGACUUCAUUAACAAGGGUGGCAACUCUGGUGGAUUCAUAUCUUUCUGAGGUGGCACCUGAUGUUAACUUCAAGUUCCCGAAAUUUCAGUCUCUUGCUGCUACAAUCCCAGAUUUUGCAAGGCCACUUUCCGAUGGUAUCUAUCGUGCAAUUGAUAUAUAUUUGAAGGCACAUCCUUGGCUCACAGACUCAGAAAGAGAGCAAACCUGCAGACUGAUGAAUUGCCAGAAGCUCUCGUUGGAGGCUUGCACACACGCUGCUCAAAAUGAGAGGCUACCUCUUAGGGUCGUAGUUCAAGUCUUGUUCUUUGAACAACUACGCCUACGGACAUCAAUAUCAGGAUGGUUCUUUGUUUCGGAUAAUCUUGACAACUCUCAAAGUACGAGUCUUCACGGAGGCAACCGAAAUGCAAACACAACAAAUGGUAGAGGAGGAUCAAGUAUCGAUGACAUGAGGAGGCGUGUGGCAGAGCUAGAGAAAGAGUGUAAUAGCAUGAAACAGGAGUUUAAAAAGGUGGUAAAAACAAAGAAAAGGUGGAAUGUGUUUUGUGGAAGAAAAUCUGAAUGUGACUUCAAUUCAGUAAAGCCCACCAAGUUGCACCCGCAACAUGUUAAUGAGCAUAAAAAUCAAAAGAAUGUUGACUCAAAGUGAAGGUGGAUAGAGUUUAUUACUGUGUUUUCUACUUUUAGUGCCAUCAGGACUUCUUUGAGUAUCAUGUAUAAUAUGGUUUGGACUCGUCAUAUUGCUAUUAUGAUCAAGACGAUUCUAGUUAGUAAGUUCA